AUGGCGAAUUCCCAGACCCUUCAGAUGUCACCGAGAGACGACGCACACAGCCGGCCUAGGGACCCCAGCAGGAAGAGGCUGAACGAACUAUACGGCCGGGUUGUCGACAGGAAGACCGCGGCCAUGACGGCUGUACAACAGCAGCUCAAGGACCUCACAGCUUCCCAUCUCGAGGGCACAUCGGGCCUAUCUGGUCGCGAUUUUCAGGCACAGUUCAAACGAUUUGAGGAGGAUAUCUACAAUUGCGAGGAAGAGCUUUCGUUGGUCUUAUUCGGCAAGAACCAACUCAUUGGGAUCUUCCAGGACGUCGAUGAGUGCGGGGGGAAUCUUCGCGACAACGACAGGGCACACAUUAACCGGCUUGUUGACUGCGUUACACGCACACAUGAAUUCACGGCGGGGCCCGGAACGAGGGAGGACAACGCGGAGGAGCAAAGAUUCAGGCAGCGAGUGAUUGAGAGAUACGAUCCGUGCGGAGGGAAAGAGAAAGAUGGUCCUAGGUGCUCAAUCUCGGGAGUUCAAUGGGGAGUCGUCGCCGCCCACGUUGCCAAUUACAACCUGGGUGAGUCAACUGCACGUCAUCUCUUUGGCAAGGACACGGGAGAGCAUGGGGGUGGCGGCCAUCUCGAUAGCCCACUUAACGGACUGUUGAUGCACCGCGACUUGGAGAAGGCCUGGCGCGCCGGGCGAUUUCUCAUCGUGUCAGACGAUUUCGUCAAUGACAACGGGCGCAGGGAGCGUGGACUCAAGGUAGUCGUCCUGGACUUCGAGCUAGAGAAGGAAUUCUAUGGGUACAGAUAUGACAUAUCGACCCACCAGCUGCAUAAUCGCAGACUUACUUUUCUCAACAACAACCGCCCAAGUAACAAGUACCUGAACUUCACGUACGCGAUGACGGUCCUCCGGCGCCAGGUACUCCAGGCGACUCCGAGUACAACACCCCUCGAUCGACGGUUCAUGCAGAGCGCGGCUCGGAAGGUCUGGGCGUCAACAGAUUCGGACUGGGGACAGUCGUUACUGUUCAAGGUAACUCGCCAACUGGGGUUUCUCACCGAGGAGGAGGCCAAACAGUUCUAUCACAUCAAACAGGCGCCUCUCAAAUUACCUGCACUAGAGGACCGGAAGCUGAAGACUGCGGCCAUUGAGGUAUCAUCAAUACUGAGAGAACCUGCGCUAAAACAUGACACAGAGUUGAUGUAG